CUAACAUCAGGUCUCGGAGUUAACUAUGCCAUGAAAAUAGGAAGCCUCCCGCCCCUCCCCCCAUAUCAACUCAGAUCCCUUCCUCGUCUUGUAGGAAGGAUCCCUCUCUUGAGCAGAUCGAUCAUGGCGUGCCCUCCCUCAUGAACCUCAUAGCUCCACCCCCAUUCCACGAUUGAAGGUUGAGGGCAAAGGAGGCGUGUCUUGUUCAGCAUCUGGGACGGAAAGCAUAUCAAUCCCCACCCCCGAUUUCGUAGAAACAGCAGCAGAUAUGUCACGGAUAAGAAUUAAUGUUGUUGAAUCCAGUGAAGAAUAUAUGAUGGAAGAACCGGUCGAACAUCAUAAUUCUAUUGAAAAAGAUGUUGAAUCAUCUGAUGUUCAUGAAAGAAGUACUAAUGAUGAAGAAGGCUUCACAGUUCGUGAUGAUGCUGAUGCGGAUGAAAAUGAAGAUGCUGAAAAUGCAGAAACAAAAGAGCGUAAGAAGAGGAAGCUGAAAUAUAUUUGGAACCUUCCAAAAGGGAAAAGGAUAAUGGUUCGAUGCAAUGACAUAGAUCAGCCAGUUGGAAAAGAGGCUAAACAUCUUGGGGACUUUCUUGGCUCGGUUGCAAGGAAUGGGUCAUUGUGUUGCUUGAGCUACAAGGAUUGGAGAUUGCUCAAAACUAAAACAAACGUAAAGGCUAUACUAGAUCAAGUGAAGAUGAGGUUCCUUUAUCCUCCUCGCAUGGAAAAGUAUAUAUUGAAGACAAUUGGAGACAGAUGGAGGCAACAUAAGUCCGAUCUGAAAGCAAUUUAUUUUGAUGAGAAAAAAAGCACCGAAGCCAAUGAAAACAAUAAACCAAAAUGGGUGACUCCGGAUCAGUGGAGAUCUUAAUCAUUGGACAACCCAGAAA